UUGAAGUUGUCAUGACUCUUUGGGUUAGCGGGCUGUAUCCACACAUACCAUGUUUACAUUUUUGCAAAUAUCUUUGCUAUUCAUAUUUUAAGUAAAGGGUGAUUUAGAAAUAUCGAACGGUUACUAUGGAUGCACAAAUGUCACCACAUCAAUCCAUAGGAGAACCUUCAUUUCACCAGUGUGUUUGUGGGCAGCAGAGUUAGCGUGUAAGCUAACAAAGAUUAGCUUUCUAACUGCGUGUCUGAGCUGGGCAUGCCCUUGUAAGGAUAUUUAAACUAAUUAAACAGGCUAUUUCCUCUAACACCUACUCAACCACAUAGUCCGCUGCCACAGGAGCUGUCACAAUGAGGAUUUUAAGGUUUCUGAGGAGCAGUGUUAAGGACAUUGACUAUUACUCCAAAUUCUCUCCCUCUCCUCUGUCAAUGAAGCAGUUUCUGGAUUUUGGCUCAGAAAAUGCAUGUGAGAAAACCUCUUUCGCCUUCCUCAGACAGGAGUUACCUGUGAGGUUGGCAAACAUCAUGAAGGAGAUCAACCUGUUGCCUGACAACUUACUGCGGACUCCAUCAGUGAAGCUGGUGCAGGGCUGGUACAUGCAGAGUUUUCAGGAUAUUCUUGAGUUCAAAGACAAAAAUGCAGAUGAUGAAAAAGUCACAUAUGAUUUCACAGAUGCGGUUAUAAAGGUCAGAAAUCGGCACAAUGAUGUAAUUCCCACCAUGGCUCAGGGAGUUGUGGAGUACAAGGAGGCGUACGGCACGGACCCCGUCGUCAGCCAAAAUGUUCAGUAUUUUUUUGAUCGUUUCUACAUGAGCAGGAUAUCCAUCAGGAUGUUGCUCAACCAGCACACUCUCCUCUUCGGGGGGAAGGUGAAGGUGAACCCAGCUCAUCCCAAACACAUCGGCAGUAUUGAUCCUAACUGUCGUGUCAGCGCGGUUAUCAGAGAUGCGUAUGAAAAUGCACGAAACCUCUGUGACCGGUACUACAUGAACUCUCCUGAGCUGGUGCUGGAGGAAUUCAAAGCUUCCCCCAUCACGGUGGUCUACGUCCCAUCUCACUUGUAUCAUAUGGUGUUUGAACUUUUUAAGAACGCCAUGCGUGCCACCAUGGAGUUGUACGGCGAUGCCAUGGAGUAUCCUCCCAUCCAUGCACAGGUGGCUCUGGGGACUGAAGAUCUGACAGUCAAGGUGAGCGAUCGUGGAGGAGGCGUGCCGCUGCGCAAAAUAGACCGGUUGUUCACCUACACGUACUCCACAGCUCCUCGACCCAGCAUCGACGGGGCCCGCGCCGCUCCGCUGGCUGGUUACGGGUACGGCCUGCCGAUCUCUCGUCUGUACGCCCGGUACUUCCAGGGCGACCUGAAGCUGUACUCUCUGGAGGGGUAUGGAACCGACGCUGUGAUCUACAUCCGGGCGCUCUCCACAGAGUCCAUUGAGAGGCUCCCUGUGUACAACAAGUCGGCAUGGAAACACUACAAGACGAUCCAAGAGGCGGACGACUGGUGCGUCCCCAGCAAGGAGCCCAAGGACAUGACCACGUUUCGCAGCUUCUAGAUCCAAAUGGCUGCCGGAGGUGCUUGGUAACGAAUGGUUUGGUGUGUGAGAUGGCAAUACGUCACUCUAGAUUUCAGAAAACAGGACGAAGAUUUCGUGUCAUAUUCUUCGUAGUGGGCAUUAGUUUUGUAAUGAUGAAGAUUUGAGUCGAGAAGCCUCAAUUAAAUAAAACCGUUUCCUUUUUUAUUCCUUAUGGGACCUUUAAUGGCAGGGACUGGGAGUCAACUGGACCAGGUUUCUGGAAAACCACAUUGCUGUGAAAGUAUGGUUUAAAAAAACGUCAACAACAUAUGGGCAAUAUAAAAUAUCAUUCUCAUUAAGUAUGUUUUUAAACCAAGGACAGUAUCACUGUUUCCGUCAAACGUAUUUUGGCAUUUCUGUCCUGCAGUUUGCCGUUUAUUAACCAACCUAUUAACAAUAUAUCUGUGAUUAACUUAAAACAAGCCGAUGAAAUCACUGAAACUCUCUGCAUGGUGUGAGCUGUGUCUGUGUUGUUUUAUUGGUUUAGGGCUUUUCCUUAAAUGUAACUUUUGUUUUGCUGAAAGCUAAACUUGAACUGUUACGGUCCGUCUGUGUGCAUGUCUUAUGCUCUGCGUGAAGGUGAAAGCUUGUAAGGAAAGGAAAACUUGUUACACAAUUUAAACGCUGUUUGUUUUGAAGUCUGUUGGAAGAUGCUGCUGAUAAGUCUUAUUGGUUCAAAUGGUUUUUAUUUAGGGUAUUUAUUCUUUAGUCGAGGACGUCUUAAAACAUGUUUGAUUUGCCAUCUGUGACAGGUUCUUAAUGGAACUAAAGUCAACUGAAUAAUUGGAAUUCAGAAAAGCUGUCAGGAAAGACAGUUGGCUGAGAGGUUUUAUUGGAUUAGGAACACUUUAAUUUACUUUUCAAAUUCUCAGUUUGCAAAUGAGGUAUUGCCACUUGGAAAGAGGCUGCUUGUUUUUUUUCACAAAAUGUAUCAAUGCAGUAUGAGAGCUAACUAUUUGUGGGUUGCUCUGGUGUAUUAUAAGGACUCAUCCUGUCAUUUUCCUGUAUGGGUCAUGUUCAGUGAAAAAUAAACAUUUCAAACCAA